UGCGAUGGGGUGCGGGACACACCCGUGGGUCCAGCCCGGCAGUGCCGUACGGUGGGGCCAGCCGCGCUCGCUGAGCCACUCGGGGCUCGAAAACGCCUCCGGCCCGCGGCUUGCCUCCCUGCCGCUGACAGCACCGCGCUCGUCCCCGUUCCUCGCCCCGUCACCCGGGCGGCCGCCCCUGUCACGCGGUCCCGUGCCGGUCGCCUCGCUCGGCGGGGGCGGCACAUAAGUCCCGGCAGGGCCCGCUCGCUGCAGCUCCAGCGCCGGGUUCUGCUUCGGCGCGGCCUCCGGCUCCUUUCCGCAGGGCCAGCAUGCGGGGCCUGGUGGUCGCCGCUUUCCUACUGCAGAGCAUCGCCGGUUCAGGCGCUCUCGCCACCGGCAGGAGAAAUGUGGACCCCGAAACGAACAUGAACAUCAGCCAAAUUAUUACCUUCCGGGGAUACCCUAGUGAAGAGUAUGAAGUGACAACAGAAGAUGGUUAUAUCCUUUCCAUUAACAGAAUUCCUUAUGGAAGAAAAGGCCGUGAGAGCAGCAAAGGUCCAAGGCCUGCUGUGUUUCUACAGCAUGGUUUGCUUGCAGAUGCCAGCAAUUGGAUCACAAAUUUGGAUUACAACAGCCUUGGCUUUAUGCUGGCAGAUGCUGGCUAUGAUGUGUGGCUGGGCAACAGCAGAGGGAACACUUGGUCCAGGAAACAUACACACUUCACAGUGAAGCAAGAAGAAUUCUGGGUUUUCAGCUUUGAUGAAAUGGCUAAGUAUGACAUUCCAGCCUCCGUGGACUUUAUUUUGAAGAAGACGGGUCAGCAACAAGUAUUUUACGUUGGCCAUUCACAGGGCACCACAAUGGCUUUCAUUGCUUUUUCAACUUUGCCACAGCUGGCUAAGAAAAUCAAAAUGUUCUUUGCCUUGGCACCAGUAGCUACAGUCAAGUUUGCCACUAGCCCCCUGGCAAAAUUGGGAGUGUUUCCUGACCUGCUACUCAAGGAAAUGUUUGGAAAUAAACAAUUUCUCCCUCAGAAUUAUUUUGUGAAGUGGUUUGCUACCCAUGUUUGCACCCACAGAAUACUUGAUGAUCUUUGCGGCAACUUAUUCUUUCUUCUGUGUGGUUUUAACGAGAGAAACUUGAAUAUGAGCCGAGUGGAUGUAUAUUCAACACACUGCCCUGCGGGGACGUCUGUGCAAAACAUGAUCCACUGGAGUCAGGCUGUGAAGACUGGGGAACUCCGAGCUUAUGACUGGGGAAGCAAGGCUGCAAAUAUGGCUCACUACAACCAGUCUACUCCCCCUUUCUACAAAAUAAAGGAGAUGACUGUGCCGACCGCGGUGUGGACUGGUGGACAUGACUGGCUGGCAGACUCAAAGGAUGCUGCGAUGCUGCUCGCUCAGAUCACAGACUUGGUUUACCACAAAAACAUUCCAGAAUGGGAACAUUUGGAUUUCAUCUGGGGCCUUGAUGCACCUUACCGCUUGUAUAAUGAAAUAAUUAACAUGAUGGGGAAGUAUCUCUGAACCGGCAUGGUAUUUCACAGUAUUAGUUCAGCUGGAAUUCAUAUGCUUUUCUGGCAAUAAUGUCACAUUACUUUUUUAUGAUGCAUUUUAAAAAUGCCAUCAAUGACUACUGAAUUGGAUUCAUAUGUAGUUUGGUUUUUUUUUCAGUAUUAUUUCUCUCUCCCGCAGAAAUCCUCGUUGUAUCUGGCUGAUUUUGCACACAGUGGCAUGGUACUUGAAAAACAACAGUGUGACUUUGUGCAAAAGGAGUCUAUCGUGUGCAUAUAAAUUUAGUGAAGUGUCUGAAAGACACAUCAGUCCACUGAGCACCUGAGGUGCUUGAUGAUUAAAACCAUAAGUAUUUCACUGUGGAUACAACAGUGCCAUUUCUCAGUACGUUGCCAUUUCUGAGUACCUUUCAGAAGUACUCCCUGUACUGCAGUGACCCGUUGGGUGCUGGUACCUUAAAAAGCACUUGGUGACUUUUUCUGCGUUAUUAUUUUAGCCAUCGCACAGAAACGAGCUACAUCGGGUGACUUUCUUUCUCAAUAUUGCCUGAAAGAACCGCCAUGAAGCCAGAGAAGAUCACCACUGUCAUCUGAAAUCUCCUCUUUUGAGACUGAUGCAUUGCUGCAUUUUUCUCGAUAUAAUGAUGUUCCUGAAGCCUUUCAUGUUUCACCUACCAUCUAUGGAUAAGGAUCAUUAUUUGUCCUUGCAGAUUUCUGGAAGUAGAGAAAUGGUUAAAAGAAAUACCAAUAGGUAAUGAUUUUCAAGCAGAAUGAUGUAACAUACUUGUGUUUUGUUCUCCUUGCACUGACCACUAGAAAACAAACUCCACCAAUGUACUAUUGGUGAGGGAAGAGCCAAAGCAUUAAUUCUGUAGCUUGAGUGAUGUGAUUUGUGUGGACUUUUCCCCUUAAUCACCUGCUGCUUUGAAAAUCCGUUUACUUUUUAGGUGCUUAUGUGGUGCUUGCCACAGUUGUUUUCAGGAACUGUACAACACCUUGGUGGAACCUGGCAGUAUUAACAGCAGUUUGCAUUUGUCUUAAUUGCUACUUCAAAAUGGGGCGAAGCCCUCAUUUGAUGGGGGGAGAGGAUUCACAUCUCCUUCAGGGGUCUGACUUUGGAGCUGUAAUCAUCUGUAAUACAGGUGCCUUGCGCUUUCCAUCAACUAUGCAGAGGAGUUUGACUUCUCUGAAUUGCACAAAAGUUCUGUGCCAAAUUUAGUUUUAUGGACAGUCUCUGGAGUCAGUUGCCUCAGUCCAGCUCAAAAUUUCUGUGCCAUGGUUGGAUUCAACCUGGAUUUCCCUCGGUAAUCCCAACAGGAUAAAAAGCCUUUUCUACAUGGCAUAGAAAAAUGUGCAUUUUAAACUGAGGCAAACAUUUUUGUAAAAAAACAAAAAAAGAACAAAAAAACAAACAAACAAAAAAACACACACACAAAAAACAAAACAACCCCAAACAAACAAAAACCUAAACAAACAAACAAAAAGAAACCAAAAACCCCCAAACCAAACCACCCAAAACCACCCCCCCCAAAAACCACCAACCAAAAACACAAAAAAGACCCCACAAGAACAAAUUAAAAAACUGCAAAAAGAUAAGUAAGCCAUAAAUGAGUGUUUAUUUGUUUGGCCUCUCUCUUGUUCCUAAUUCAGUCUCAGGGAAUCCUCAGGCUUUUUUAAGGAAAAAGUGGCUCAUUAUAUUUCUGUUGCAAUUCCUAGCAGGACCUCUGAGUUUGCUUUUGCUUUAUAUUUGUAGCAGCUGUAUUUGCUUUACCUUGCUGUGCUGAAAGAAGUUUCUGUAGAAAGUGGCUAACUUAGUAGUUGUGAGGGUAUGUGAUCCAGCAAGAGCUUUGUGUGUCACGUUUAUUAAGCUAGAGCAAUUUCAAUAAACAUGAGACCUGCGUGGAGUGCA